AUGACAGAUGAGUGGAUUUCUAAAGACCAAGGUCAUGGACAUACGUGUUGUGAGUACAGCCCUUCCAGAAGGGACCUGCCAGGUGGACAAUGAGCAGUGUGUAACGUUAGAGAAGACAGCCAUAAAGAUUCAGUCAUGGUGGCGUGGCAAUGUGCAUCGGACACUACUACAUGCAACACUCAGGGCAUGGGUCAUCCAGUGCUGGUGGAGGUCACUGCAGAACAAGACCUUGGAGCAAAGACGGUGCUUGGCACUAAAACUCUACAAAUGCCGGGAGUGGGCAGUGGUGAAGGUACAGCCCCACAUCCGCAUGUGGCAGGCCCGCAGACAGUUCCUCCGGGCACACCAAGCAGCCUGCAUUAUCCAGGCUCACUGGCGCUGGGAUGCCAGCCAAACCCGAGGCCUGAUUCAGGGCCAUUAUGAGGUCAAAGCCAGUCGUUUAGAGCUCAACAUUGAAAUCAUUAUGACCUAG